AAAACUGGUGGAUGGUUGUAUUUGGAAAAUACGUACUUUUAUUUUAUCUUUAUUUCUCAAUCAGAAAAGUCUAAAAGAAGAAGAAAAUGAGAAGUAAAUACAUGUAUUAGGAAACAUGGGAAAUGGGAAGGAUGGCCUUUCAAUUUCAGAGAGAAAAAAGAGCUUGAAAUUGAAGGCUAAGAGAGGGACCCGGGUGUCCUUAAGAAGGGCAACAGAGGGGUGUCAAGCCAAUGGGAUUGGCACCCAACAUGUCCUUUCGGGUUAACACACACCCCAAAGACACCCAAGGCUCUGUCCUUUGCCCCCACAAUCCCAUGACUUUGUUUCUGUCACUACGACUCGGGCUCACCAUAAAUACACUUACGCAUUCCUCCAAUCCAUUCACACCUAUUCCAACUUUCAUUUUCUUCUCUCAAUUCUUCAAAACUCUUUCCUCUACACCCUUUAUUAUACUUCAAAAUUCCAAAUAUGGCUAUCAGGAAAUCAAACAAAUUGUCUCAGACAGCUGUUAUCAAGCAAAUUCUCAAGAGGUGCUCGAGCUUGGGAAAGAAACAAAGCUACGAUGAACAAGGCCUUCCUUUGGAUGUCCCAAAAGGUCAUUUUGUUGUCUAUGUUGGAGAAAACAGAAGCAGAUACAUUGUCCCUAUAUCUUUCUUGACUCGUCCUGAGUUUCAAACCUUGCUUCACCAAGCUGAAGAAGAAUUUGGGUUUAAUCAUGAUAUGGGUUUGACCAUUCCAUGUGAAGAAGACGUUUUUCAGUCAUUAACAUCAAUGCUCAUGAGAUGAGAUAGAUGAUGAUCCUAAAGGCUGCUACUUGCUCGCUUCUUGUUCGUUUUUGGAGAGAAACCGGCUAAAGAUGAAAGCUGCUUCAUUGCUUCUCUUUCUGAUUUUCUCUUUUAUUAUUAUUAAUUGUUAUUAUUAUUGGGUUUUCCUUUUGACUCUAACCCAACGAAGAAACCCAUCUGUAUUAUCAGGGUUUAGAUUUGUAAAUCUCAUCAAAUUCUAAAAUUUUCCUCACUGUGGUGUGGUGUUGUAAUUACACCAAAUUUACCCUGUGGGAGAUCUAAUAUCAUCAAUUAAGUUUAAGUUUUCUUCU